CUCCCCUUGCCGGAAGUGAUGCACAGUGGGGUUGCCGGAAGAAGUGGCGAAGUUACUUUUGAGAAGACCGGAGCGGCGGUGGCGUACAGGGGACACAGAAGAGGAGAAAGAGAAGCAGACUCGCGUCGCCCCCGGCUGUUUCCAGGGCAACAGGAGCAGGAGACCCCGCGAGAGACCGCCCACGAGACCCUCGCGCGCAGCCAUGAGCCCCGCCCCCCACUGGUGUUUGGAGAGGGGCGGGACCUGGAGAGAGGCUGCUCCGUGACCCCACCAUGUCCACCCCGACCUCGAGUGCCCAGAAUACCCCCUUGCCUGGAAAUGUCCCCCCUCAGCCCAGCGUCCCCUCUUCGAAACCCGUGGUAAAGGAGGAGCGUCCUGAGCCGUGGCCUGGGGGCCCGGACCCCGAUGUCCCAGGCAGUGAUGGGGUCGGCUCAGCCUGCAGCGUGGUCAUCCCAGACCCCACGGAGGAGCCAGAGCGCAAGCGCAAGAAGGGCCCGGCCCCGAAGAUGCUGGGCCACGAGCUGUGCCGCGUGUGCGGGGACAAGGCCUCCGGCUUCCACUACAACGUGCUCAGCUGCGAAGGCUGCAAGGGCUUCUUCCGGCGCAGUGUGGUCCGAGGCGGGGCUGGGCGCUAUGCCUGCCGGGGCGGCGGAACCUGCCAGAUGGACGCCUUCAUGCGCCGCAAGUGCCAGCAGUGCCGCCUGCGCAAGUGCAAGGAGCCGGGAGGGUCCGACGGGGGCGGCCAGGGCUCCGGGGAAGGCGAGGGCGUCCAGUUAACAGCCGCUCAGGAACUGAUGAUCCAGCAGUUGGUGGCGGCCCAGCUGCAGUGCAACAAGCGUUCCUUCUCCGACCAGCCCAAAGUCACGGUACUGCCCCUUGCGCAGCCUCUGGGCGCAGACCCCCAGUCCCGCGAUGCCCGCCAGCAGCGUUUCGCCCACUUCACGGAGCUGGCCAUCAUCUCAGUCCAGGAGAUCGUGGACUUUGCCAAGCAGGUGCCCGGCUUCCUGCAGCUGGGCCGUGAGGACCAGAUCGCCCUCCUGAAGGCUUCUACCAUUGAGAUCAUGCUGCUGGAGACGGCCAGACGCUACAACCAUGAGACGGAGUGUAUCACUUUCCUGAAGGACUUCACCUACAGCAAGGACGACUUCCAUCGCGCAGGCCUGCAGGUGGAGUUCAUCAACCCCAUCUUCGAGUUCUCCCGGGCCAUGCGGCGGCUGGGCCUGGACGAUGCCGAGUACGCCCUCCUCAUUGCCAUCAACAUCUUCUCCGCCGACCGCCCCAACGUGCAGGAGCCCAGCCGCGUGGAGGCUCUGCAGCAGCCCUACGUGGAGGCGCUGCUCUCCUACACGCGCAUCAAGAGGCCGCAGGACCAGCUGCGCUUCCCCCGCAUGCUGAUGAAGCUGGUGAGCCUGCGCACGCUCAGCUCCGUGCACUCGGAGCAGGUCUUCGCCCUGCGGCUCCAGGACAAGAAGCUGCCGCCUCUGCUGUCCGAGAUCUGGGACGUCCACGAGUGAGGGUCCAGCAGCCCUGCCUGCAGCCCUGCACCUUCCAACGAAUGGACGUGGCCGCGCCUUCCUCCUGGGGGGGGGAAGGAGCCGAGCCGGGGGGGCCCACCUUGUGGCUUGGAGCACAGGCCCUGGCCCAGCCAGCCCUCAGCCCUCAGGAUAAGCCCCAGUCAGGGUCCAGGAGGCUCCCUCCCUGCCCACUGAGUCUUCCUGGGAGGUGUGGAUGGGUCGCAGGCCCUGACCUCUGAUCUCUCCAAGCACUUCCAGCUGCUGUCCCCGCCCAGCUUACACUCAAGCCCACUGCGCAGUGCACCUUGAACAGAGGGAGGGGCGGCCCGCGGCUCUCCCACAGCCCGAGAGACCGCAGGUCCCCUCUCCUCCUGCUUUUAUUUAAUAAAAACUAAAAGAAAAACCACACAAAAAAAAUGGGAAAAUAAAAUAUGAAUAG